UUUUUGUCCCCAUUACGUGAGAAUCGUGUUUGGCCACUCAACUGGAGAGUUAAUUGGAUAGCCCCGAUCAUUUCAAUUCGAAUAAAUCAGUCAUAAAUGCUAGCUGCCAGAAUGAGGUUCGUGCAAUACCUGCGUAAAGGUGAUUUGGCCCAGCGCCUUGGAUUCCUUUCCGAGGACCAAAAGUCUCUGGUGGAAUUUGCCGGCUUAGAGGGCGUGCCAAGUGAUCUGAAGACCCUGAUUGCACAGAAUCCCAACCUAGAGGAGUUGGCCAAAAAAGCAGAGAAACAGCCACGAAUCGAAGUUAACGAUGAUGUCACAUUGCUGUCACCUCUCACCGAUCCCGGCAAAAUCAUCUGCAUUGGUCUCAACUAUCAGGACCACUGCGACGAGCAAAACAAACCGGCCCCCAAGGAACCCAUGUUCUUUAGCAAGUUUAACAACGCCCUGGUUGGUCCCCAAGAUAAUGUGAUCGCUCACUCGGCGAGUAACAAAAUCGAUUGGGAGGUUGAGCUGGUUUGUGUCAUUGGCAAGGUCGCACGCCAGGUGCCCAAGUCCCAAGCCAUGGACCAUGUCUUCGGGUACACAGUGGCCCAGGAUAUCUCUGCCCGCGACUGGCAGAAGGAGAGGAAUGGCGGUCAGUUCCUAAUUGGCAAGUCGAUGGACACUUUCCUGCCCCUAGGACCGGCUGUGGUGCACAAGAGCUUAGUGCCAGAUGUCUAUAAUUUGAAUCUAAAGACCUGGGUUAACGGCGUGGAGAAGCAGAACGGCAAUACUGGCAAUUUGAUCUUCAAGCUAGAUGAUGUGAUCAAUAGAUUGUCACAGACUAUCACCCUUCUGCCGGGCGAUAUCAUCGUUACUGGAACGCCAAAGGGCGUAGGAAUGCAUCGCAGUCCACCGGAAUUCCUUCAGCCCGGCGAUGUCGUCCAGUCGGAAAUCGUGGGAUUGGGCAAGCUCUGCAACAAGAUCGUGGCCCCCUAAGGUUCCUUUUUAUUUGUUAUAUGUUUGUACAUAUAUGUUUUUGUUGUUUAUGAAACAAUGGCAUUUAAUAAUGA